AUGUCGCUCCCCGUGUCGUUCCCCGGGCUCAAGACCAACGGCCACACGCCGGUUCUGCGGCGCGCCGACGAGGUGGAUGAUCUGGUCGACGCCGUCAAGGCCCUCAUCGUGCCCUACAUCCGCGCCGCCGACGAGGCCGCGCCGCACAAGCUCACGGGCGGCGGCGCAUAUGGCACGCCCGCGAACGUGCUGGUCGACAGGAUGGAGCCCGCUGCGCUGGCGGAGCGCAUGAGCUUUGCGCUGCCGCUGGGCGAGGGCGCGGGGCGCGAGGGCCUGCUGGACCUGGUGCGCGGGCUGCUGCGCUACAGCGUCAAUACGUGGGACCAGGGCUACCUCGACAAGCUGUGCGCCAGCACCGAUGCCGUGGGCGUCGUGGCCGAGAUGCUGCUCGCCGUGCUCAACACCAACUCGCACGUGUACCAGGUGUCGCCGGCGCUGACCGUCGUCGAGAAGACGACGGCGCGCACCUUUGCCUCGCUGUUUGGGCUGGUCGGGCCUCGCGCGGGUGGCAUUACGUGCCAGGGCGGCAGCGCUUCCAACUUUACGUCGUUGGUGUCUGCCCGGGGUGCGCUGUAUCCCGACACGCGCAGCGAGGGUAAUGGGAGUUAUCGCUUCGCCGUCUUCACCAGCUGCCAGGGACACUACUCGAUCCAGAAGGCGGCGUUGGCGUGCGGCAUGGGCGUGUCGAGCGUCGUUGCGGUGGAAUCCCACCCCGACGGCCGUAUGGAUGUCGAUGCGCUGAGAGCAUCGGUCCUCCAGGCCAAAGCAGAUGGCCGCACGCCGUUAUAUGUCAACGCCACGGCUGGAACAACCGUCUUCGGCGCAUUCGACCCUCUGCCGGAGAUCGCGGCCGUAUGCGCCGAGUUCAACAUGUGGUUCCACGUCGACGCUUCAUGGGGCGGCGCCGCCAUCUUCUCGCACAAGCACAAGCACAAGCUGGCCGGCUCGCACCUCGCCGACUCGCUGACCAUCAACCCGCACAAGAUGCUCAACGUGCCGGCGACGUGCUCGUUCCUGCUCACGCGCGACACGGCGCUGCUGCACCGCGCAAACACCCUGCCGGCCGGCUACCUGUUCCACAACGACGCGCCCGGCGACGACGUCUGGGACAUGGCCGACCUGACGCUGCAGUGCGGCCGCCGCGCCGACAGCGUCAAGCUCGCCCUCUCGUGGACCUACUACGGCGCCGCGGGCUUCCGUCGCGCCGCCGACAACGCCUUCAGCACGGCUGCGCACCUGGCCAGCGUCGUCGAGGCCCAUCCGGACUUUUGCCUCGUGUCGAGCAACCCGCCGCCGUGUCUGCAGGUGUGUUUCUACUACGCCCCCGGCGGCCGGAUGGGCAAGAGCAAGGAGGAGAAUACGCGGCGCACAAAGGACCUAGUCAAGAAGAUUGCCGCGCGGGGGUUCAUGAUUGAUUAUGCCCCUGGAGACGCGGGGAGCUUUUUCAGAGUCGCUGUCAACUGGCAGACCUUGACCGACACUGUGGAGGGGAUCAUCGUUGCUCUUGAGCAGCUCGGGAAGGAGUCGGUUAUUGUGUAGAGACAUUGCAGCAUCUUUUUUGUUUAGACUGGCUUGAGAUUCCAUCUUUUGGUUGCGUCUUCUUCUUGUUGGCGGGGGUUACUACGUGGAUAGAUAGACGAUGCUGGCUAGAACGGUUGUUUACUAUAAGAUAAAGGAACUCACAUGGUACAUGAUUAUUGAUCUUUGCCUUUAUAGUACGAAAUAGACUUGACAUUUUAA